AUGGGCCUUGAAGGCCAUGAGCCGCUUCCUACGGACGAGAGUCACACCUUGGCGCCUACAUCACUAAAUAGGCUGAAUAGUUCCCGGAAAAGCUGUUGCCAGCUUGUCUACGUCAUAUUUUCAGGUGAGGAAGAACCAGAUCGGGGACAAUGGACGGGAAAAUUCGAUUUUCUGAUGAGUAUGAUCGCCUAUGCCGUGGGACUUGGCAAUGUAUGGCGUUUCCCGUACCUAUGUUUCAAGAAUGGAGGUGGAUCAUUCCUUGUUGUAUAUGCGAUAUUUUUCUGCCUGGCUGCUGUACCAAUUUUUAUUAUGGAAGUGACCAUAGGACAAUAUCUACAACGAGGCGCCAUGGAAAUGUGGAGAAUGUGUCCGAUUUUCAAAGGCGUUGGUAUCGGAAAUGUUGUGAUCGCUUUUAUGUGUAUAGCGUAUUUCUGUGUGAUCGUCAGCUGGGCGAUUUUCUAUAUGAUCUCGUCGUUUGCCAGUGUAUUUCCAUGGGAAACAUGCGAUAACUACUGGAACGACCACACGUGUGUUACGGGAAAAGAGAGCCCAGCCGCGUUAGCGAAACUCUCGCGAAAUCUCACCAGUAUGGGAAUGAUGACGCAAACGUCCGUGGAACAAUUCUGGGAAAACCGUGUACUACAGCAGACGUCGUCGAUCGAAAACUUUGGAGGCAUACAGUGGGAGCUGCUGGCGAUUAUGUUCCUCGCUUGGGUUAUUGUAUAUUUUGCCCUAUGGAAAGGAAUCACGCAAGCCAGAAAG